UAUUUAAGCUUGAGAUCAGUUGUUGAACGGCUUUCGGAGAGCGUAGUUGUUUCACGACAUUGGCAUUGAAUAGAGCGCGUGUGUUGUCAUUGUUUGGAAAACUGGCGUUAGCGUCAGUGGCAUUUUAUUGCCGCAGUGAGAAUCAAGAAAAAAACAAACAAUAAUAUAAUUAUUACAAAAAAAACCACAUAAAUUAAAUCAAUUCGAUUUUUUUCUUAUACGAAAAUAAACUUGUUUCACAGUGAAUAAAUAUUUUUUCUUAUCAGUGAUUUUGGAAUAUUAAUAAUCAGUUCUGUAAAAACAAAAGAACAAGAAUACAUAACUAAAGUCCGGUAUUUUUGGAAUAAAAUUUUUACUUUAUUGAUCGGCAUUGUAUUCACGUAAAUUGUAUUUCCAUACAAUACAAUAAAAAACAGUCAUCUUUUUUUGUUGCGGAAUUACUCAGGGUCUUACUCACAAUGAAGUUCUACCUAGCAGUUGUAGCACUUAUAUGCCUUACAUUGCAAAUAUGUCCCGUGACUCAGGCCCAGCGUUCGGCGCCACCCAUUCUGGCCUCGAAUAUAACACCAAAUUUCCCUUCACGUAGCAGCAUGGAUGCAGAUGCCCUGCGAGAGAGUCAGCAUCGUAUUGCCGUUGGCACCGAACGUUUUGCCUUGGAAUUUUGGAAGCGCAUGUCUGACUUCCACUUGGCGGCACCGGGGAAAAAUUAUAUGAUUUCACCUUUUGCUGUGUGGUCAUUACUUCUACUUUUGGCGGAGGGGGCCAAUGGUAAUACACUUAAGGAUUUUCAAAAGACUCUAUAUUUAGACCCGGAUCACAGGGCCAUACGUCUGGCCUAUAAACAAAUUUCGCAGCAAUUGAAGGUGAACACAUCCACCAUAGAGGUUGCCUCAUUCCAGGCCCUUUUCACCGACAUCAAUCGCCCAGUUUAUCGUGACUAUGAAAAUCUGGUGACACGCAUCUAUGAAUCAGCCUUGAUACCAGUGAAUUUCAGUGAUGUCAACCGGACUUUCACACAAAUCAAUGAGGAUAUCAACAGAGCCACUCGGGGUCUUUUGCCGUACAGUGUACAGCCUCAAGAUUUUGAAAAUGCAGCUUUGCUAAUGAUUUCUGCAUUGUAUUUUAAGGGUAAAUGGAAGUUCCCCUUCGACCCCGCCCAAACAAUUUCUGCUCCCUUUCAUGAUGAAACUGGCAAAGUGAUGGGUAAUGUCCAAAUGAUGACCCAAGUUGGGCCAUUUAAUUAUGCCAAUAUGAAAUCGUUGGACAGUUAUAUCCUGGAGCUUCCCUAUGGCAAGGAAGAUCGCCUGUCAAUGUUUCUUAUAUUGCCAAAGAAAUCUGUCAGUUUGAACACCGUUAUUGGAAAUUUACGCAAGGAUGGUAUUAGACCAAUCGUCGACGAAUUGAACAAGGUGGCAGCCAUGAAUGCAGAAGAAGAAAUUGAAGAUCAAGUUGAAGUUUUUUUACCGAAAUUUAAAUAUUCAUCACAUUUCUCGCUGAGAACAGUGCUAACAAAUAUGGGCAUUGUUGAUGCAUUCGAACCAAGUCUGGCAAAUUUGGAAAAUAUGGCCAAGAAUAUGUAUGUCGGUAGUAUCUUCCAAUCGACACGCAUUAUUGUCAACGAGGAGGGUACUGAGGCUGCAGCGGUCACAACGGCGGUAUUGGUGAACAAAGCAUCGCCCACCAAAUUCUAUUUGGAUCGUCCAUUUGCCUAUGUGAUAGUGGAAAAGACUUCGGGAUUGCUGCUGUUUUGCGGUGAAGUGCGGUCGAAUGACUUCGUUUAGUCAUAAACGAAAAAUAAAAAAAUGUUUUUCAUGUGCGAAAACAAAUUAAUUUUUACACAAUUUUUUUGUAUUUAGUUUAAGUUAGUUAUAAGCAAUAAGAGCUCAAGACAAAUUCAUGAUGAAUAAAUAUAUGCAUAUUCACAUA